AUGUUAAUAAAUAUCACUAAUAAUACAAGAGAAAUGAAACGACAAAAAGUAAUUCUUACUUUAGGAAAGUGUAUAUUUUUAUAUUUUACCGGUGCUUUAUUAAUAUUAUUAUGUUAUGGAUCUCCCUACUUACCCCUUGUUAGUGGGACACAUCAUACAAAAAGUCGAAGAUCAUCAAGUAAUUAUAUGUUUCAAUUUACUGCUCCAUCUUAUAAUAUGUCAAUAGAAGAAAAUACCAGGGGUAAGGUUGUUGCUAGGAUUGAUGAAAAGAUACGUGUUGGAAUUCAUUUACCUUGUCAAGGAUGUAGAAUAAAAUUUAGGAUUGUUAAGGGAGAUUCUCAAAGGCAAUUUAGGACACUUCAUAAAGUUAUUGGAGAUUUUGCCUAUCUACAUAUUAGGCAGGAGAAUGAUGUUAUUCUUAAUAGAGAAAGAACCAAUUGUUAUCAAUUAAUUGUCAAAGCAACAUUAUCUAGACCACAUUAUGAAUCUGUUGAAACAACAACAAUUAUUUAUUUAAAUGUCCUCGAUCAAAAUGAUUUACUUUCACGUUUUAAUGAAGAUAACUAUGAAUUUGUAGUCUCAAAGAUGUCUCAACCUUUCUCUUCCAUUGGACAGGUUACCGCUUAUGAUAGUGAUGAAGGUCUUAAUGGAGAAGUUUUUUAUUCAUUUAAAGAAUUGAAUGAAUAUUUUUAUGUUGAACCUUCUACAGGAAUUAUUAAAAUUUUUAAACCAUUAAAUAGAUGUAACUUAUCAAAAAUAAUUUUAAAAGGAUUUGUUCAAGAUAGAACAUCAAGAUUAUUUUAUAAUAAUCCAGAUAUGCAACCACAAAAACCAUCUUUUAAUUCACCAAAUGAGGCAGAAGUAAUGAUAAAAUUAAUAGAUGAUUCUGAAGGUGAUGAUAAAAAAUUUAAGAUAAUUACUGAGGCAAAAGAACUAAAAAUGGAUGGAAGUAAAGAACAAUUAGUUGCUAAAUUAAUAAUUGAAAAAAGUCAAAAUGACUAUAAUAUUCAUAUUUCAAAUGACACUGGUUUUGGGGAAUUUUUUUCUCUUAGAUCAUCAUCACUUAAUAAUUAUGAAGUAUGGUUAAUUGAUAGAAGAUUUUGGAAAUUUUUUACUCAAUUAUGGAAAAUUGAAGUUCUCUUAUUAGAUAUUAUUGGUAGUCAAAUUGAUUAUAAUGGAAAUAAGAUAAAUGAAAUUAAAGUUCCAUUAAAAAUUCCUGUCAAGUCAUCUUCUUACUUUUCUUUUAGUAGUAUUCUUAAUGAAAAUGAGAUUCUACCAUUAACUGUUAAUGAAUGCCUACCUCCUGGACAUUCUAUUUAUAUAUUUAGAGGAACUCCUGAAUAUGAUAUGGAUGAAGAAAGAAUUAGAUAUAGAAUUAGAAGUAAAGAUAAAGAUAUUUUACCAUUUACAAUAGAUCAUAAAACGGGUCUUUUAACUAUUUCAUCAUUUCUUAAUAUGACAAAAGAAAAAGAAUUUUCUUUUGAGGUUGUUGGAAAGAUUCAGGGAAAUGAAUCCGUUAAAUCUUUUGUCAAUGUCUUUUUAACUAUUACUCCCUGUAAUAGUCAUCAUCCAGAAUGGGAUUUAUCUUUUAAUAAUUUAAAUACAAUGUCAUUAGGAAAUGAUGAAUUAAAAAGUGGAGUUAAAUUAUUUAUCUUAAAAGCUAGUGAUAAAGAUGAGGGAGAAAAUGGAAGGGUACAUUAUAAAAUUAUUGAUAAAAAUGAUUCAAAUUUUGUCAUUAAUCCAGAUACAGGAAAUGUUUACUUUAAAAAAGAUCCUUUACCUGAUAGUAAUUUUUGGAUACUUCAGGCUAUUGCUAUUGAUUAUGGUGUUCCAUUUUCAAAAUACUCAAAACCAUUAAUUAUUUUACUUCAUCGUGAGGGAUAUCAAGUAACUGAUGAUGAUUUAAAAGUCCUCCAAACAACUAAAAGUUAUUUUGAACAGAAGUAUGAAAAAAGAAAAGUUAAUGUUGAAAGUGUCGAUAAGAUAAUUAUAAGUGAGGAUGCACCAAUUGGUAGCAGGUUUGGACAAUUAAAAGUGACAGAUGUUAGGACUAAUUCAGAAUCUUCUGGUAUUCUAUUUUCUACCUCUGAUCAAUAUUUUGGUGUUGAAGAGUACACUGGAAAAAUUAUUGUUAUUAAUGAUUUAAGUAAACUUUUAAUUAAAGAUUCCACAUCUAUGAGAGAAGAAAACUUUUUGGUAUAUCAGUUACCCAUUAAAUUGUAUGAUGCCCUGUCAGAUGAAACGAAUAAAGAACUUGGAAAUUUUACGAUAAAUAUUUAUAUUAAAGAUAUAAAUAAUAAUUAUCCUCUUUUUGAUAAAUGGGAAUAUAAAUUCUCUGUUCUUGAGAAUACCCCAAAAGACACAUUAAUUGGGACUGUGACAGCUUAUGACUUAGAUUACAAUCUUGGAAUAACAUAUAAAAUAAUUAAUAAAGAUUCAAAUAUCCCAUUAAGAAUAGACCCAUUAACUGGUGAUAUUUAUUCUUUAGAAUCUUUUGAUCGUGAGAAUAACCCUAUACUUAGGUAUAUUAUUAUAGCAACAGAUGACACUGACAAACCACUGACAUCUUUUACCAAUUUGACACUUGUAAUUGGAGAUGUUAAUGAUAAUGAACCACAAUGCCUAUCUUCUGAACCAUAUACAGUUACUAUUCCUGAAGAUUUACCUAAUAAUUCUUUAAUUACAUGUUUAAUUGGUACUGAUAAAGAUGAAGGAAAAAAUAAAGAAUUAACUUAUAGUUUGGUUGAAGAAGAGGAUAAAAAAAAUUUUUUCCUCGAUUCCACAACUGGAUGUAUAUUUUUAAAAAGUGAUAAACCAUUAGAUUACGAAAUUAAAAAUAAAUAUAUAAUUAAAUUUAAGAUGUCUGAUAAUGGAUUUUCCUCUUUAUCAACAAUAUGUACAUUAGAAAUUUUAUUAGAAGAUGUCAAUGAAAAUAUUUAUCCACCAACUUUUGAGGAUAUUGAGAUUGAAGCAACUAUAGAAGAAAAUAUGCCUAUAGGAACAACAGUGGUAACAGUUCAUGCCAAUGAUACUGAUGAUCCAUUAUGCCAACCAACAUAUAAAAUAAUUGAUGGUGAUGGAAUGGAAUAUUUUGAGAUUACAGAAAUAGGAACAAUUAAAACAUUAAGAAUUUUAGAUCAUGAAAGAAAAUCUUUAUAUUAUUUAACUGUUUCUGUUACAGAUUGUGAUAUUAAAAAUCCAUUGUCAUCAGUAAGUCAUGUAAAUAUUAAAGUUCUUAAUAUUAAUGAUAAUGCUCCUGUAUUCUUAUCACCAAUAUACACAGCAACAGUCAGUGAAGAUUCACCAGAAGAUACUAUUGUAUGUAAAAUUGAAGCAAUAGAUGCAGAUGAAAAACAAAAUACAAAAUCACAAAUAACAUAUAGUAUUAUAAGAGGUAACUUUCAAUCACAAUUUUCAAUAGAUCCAAGAUCUGGUCAUGUUAUUCGUGGUAAAAGAAGACUAGAUAGAGAGGCACAAAAAGAAUAUGAAUUACAUGUUAAUGCUUGUGAUAAUGGAACACCAAAAUUAUGUUCUACUGUUGUUGUUAUAUUAUAUAUUACUGAUGUCAAUGAUAAUGGUCCAAUUGUUAAAGUAUCUAAUUAUAAUGUAACAGUUCCAGCUGGUAAAAAAGGUUACCUUCAUAGAAUUAUUGCUAUUGAUAAUGAUGGAACAGAUUAUAGAGAAACACUUUAUAGUAUUUCUGGAGCUUCUGUUACUGGUAUAUCUAUUAAUGAGAUUGGUGAAAUAAUGAGUGAUGUUGAGGUUAAAGUUAAAGAAGAAAUACAAUUAGAAAUUAUUGUUAAAGAUAAAUUAAAUACAUCAAUGCAAAAUGUUAUUGAUGUUAAAAUUAAGGGAAGUAACAUGAAUUCAGCAAGACACCCAAAAAAUAAAUCACCACAAUUUGUUUCAUAUGACCAAUGGAAAAUUAUACAAUUAAGUGAUAAUGAACAAUUAGGACAAGCUAUCUCUGUUUUGGAAACAUAUGAUCCAGAUGGAGAUAUAUUAUUAUGGGAAAUAAAAAAUAAUGAAAUAAAAAAGUUUUUUCAUAUUACUAAUAAUGGUGAAUUAAUUUUAUUAAUUCCGGUCAAUGAAAUAUCAAUACCUGGUAAUGAAUUUAUUAUUCCUUUUAAUGUUACCGAUGGUUCAAUAACUAUUGAUGGUGAAGUUAUAAUAAAAAAACCAAAAAUAUCUAUAUACCGUCCCUCCUUUACAUCAUUAGUAUAUUAUAUAGAAAUUUCUGAAGAUACCCCUAUAGGAUCAAUUUUAUUCCAUGGAUCAAAACAUAUUAAACCAAUUCCUCAAGAUGUAUUUAUAUCAAAAAGAUUAGUAUAUGGUUUUCAUUUAUAUGAAUCAAUAUAUACAAUUGAAAAAUUAACAAUAGACCCAACAACUGGAAAUAUAAUAUUAUUGGAACAAAUAGAUAAUGAUCAAACAAAAAAUUUUUCUAUAGUAAUUUAUGUUCAUUUAAAUGGAAAAUUUAAUUAUACAAUGAUAUCUUUUUCUGUAACGGAUGGCCUUAAAAAACAAUCACUUUUAAAAAUUAAUAAAAAUAUAAAUAAUAAAAAUAAUCAAACUGCAUUUAUAUCACCGGUAAAAACAAAAUAUCAAUUUAUUUAUACAAAAGACCCAAAAAAAUCUAGAAAUCUUUUAAUAAAAACACCAGCAACAGUACUGCCAACUUUUUCUAUAUCAGAGAAAAUUCUUGAAUGCCAACCAUACACUAUUCAUCCAAUAGCUGGUUUAUUGACAUUAAAAGAAUCCUUCAAAAUGGAUGGUUUUAAAUUUUCUUUUGGUAUAUGUCCCCUACAAAUAAAAAAUAUUUAUGGUGAUAUUUUUGAGAAUGAUCUUGAGAUGAAAAGUAUUGAUAUUAUUAAUAAUCCACCAAUAUUUAGUAAAAAUAUUUAUUAUGGAGCUAUUUAUGAAAAUAGUUUACCUGGUUCUGUAGUUUAUACAUUAGAAAGUCAUAAAGAAGGAACUCCUUUAAAUGUUAAGGCUAUUGAUAAUGAUAAUGGUGUUAAUGGAAUGGUUACCUAUAAAACUACAGGAAAAAAUAAAAGUAAUGAAUAUUUUUCUGUUGAUAUGUUUACUGGAAUAAUAAGAAGUACAAUUCCAAUAGAUAGAGAAAAAUCAAAAUUUCAACUUUUUUAUAUUUAUGCUCAGGAUCUUGGUAGACCUUCAAUGAUUAGUGAAACUUUUGCUCUAAUCAAUGUAACAAUUUUAAAUAUUAAUGAUUGUCCUCCUAAAUUUGAAAAAUCUAAUUAUCAUUUUAAGAUAACUAAACCAUUUGGUGAUGGAAUGAUUAUUGGAGAAAUUAAGGCAACAGAUGAAGAUGACAACUCUAUUCUUCAUUACUAUUUAACUUCUAAUGAUAAUAAUGAUUUAAAUUACUUUUUUAUUAAUAAUACCAAUGGAAAAAUUUUGCUAAAAAAUAGUUAUUUACUUUUAAAAGAAAAAAAGAAUAUUUUUAAUUUGGUUGUCUCAUGUUCUGAUAGUAUAUAUACAACAAAAGAAAAAAUAACAAUAGAAAUUGAUAAUGAUACACCACCUGAUAAUAAUAUUAAUUUUUCUGAAAAAGAAUAUAAAUUAAUUAUUAAAGAAAAUGAAUCUUUUACUAAAGAACAAUCUAGAAAACCUUUAAUAACUUUAAGUAUUCCAUCUAUUUUUCCAUUAUUAUAUACACUUGAAACAAUUGAUGAAAGAUUUUAUAUUGAUAAAAAUAUUGGAAAUAUUUAUUUAAAAGAAGGUAUCACAUUUGACAAAGAAGUAACUGAUUCAAUUGAAUUAAUAAUUUCAUCAAAAAAUCUUUUUAAUUUUAAUGAUAAAUCAAGGGCAAAAGUUAUUAUUGAAAUAGAGGAUGUAAAUGAUUGCCAACCAAUAUUUAGUCAACCAUUUUAUGAGGGAAAUAUUCCAAAAGAUGCUAUAUAUGGACAUAAAAUAGUAUCAAUAAAAGCUAUAGAUAAAGAUUCAGGAACAAAUGGUAUGGUAAAAUAUUCAGUGAUUGGUGAUGUUCCUGAUUUUAUAAGUUUAAAUAAAAAUGAUGGAAGAGUUAUUGUUAAUAAACCAAUAAGUAAUAACUAUAAUGUUGGAGAUAUUUUUAAUUUAACUGUUAAAGCUACUGAUAAAGGAAUACCAUCUUUAUCAAGUACAAGUUAUAUAUUAAUGAAAAUUGUUGAUAAAUCAUUACCAAUAUUUAGUCAAAAUAGAUAUAGACAUAAAAUAAAAGAAAAUCUUCCACCAAGUAAUGAUGUUAUGAAAGUUAGAGCUACCAGUUAUUCUAAUGGAACUAUAGGAUAUUUCUUAGUUACCACUGAUAAAUAUUCAUCUUUUAUUGUUUCUUUUGAGACAGGUUCUAUUGGUACAACAAAAUCAUUAGAUAAAGAAAUAGAUGAUAAAAUAUUAUUAAAAAUUGGUGCUGUUGACACAACAAAUCCAAAAGUUUAUUCAUAUACUGAUGUUGAGGUGGAUGUAAUUAAUGUUAAUGAUUAUCAACCUAAAUUUGAAAAAAAUAUUUAUAGAAUUGAGGUUGAUGAAAGUAUUUCAAUUGGAAGUGUUCUCCUACAAGUUAAUGCUUUUGAUAUUGAUUCCAAUUCUUCAUUUAUAAGUUAUAGUUUAAUGGAUGGAAAUGAUAUUAUAAGUAUUGAAAAAGAAACUGGAAAAGUAAUUUUGUUAAAAAAUCUUGAUUAUGAAAAACAAAAUUAUUAUGAAUUUGAUAUAAAAGCUUCUGAUGAAGAUGGUUACUGGAGUAAAGGAGUAAUUAUUAUUACUGUUAAUGAUAUAAAUGAUAAUGAGGUUAAAAUUUUAAAUAAAAAUAGAGAAAUAGAAGUAAAAAAUAGAAUUCCAAAGAAGAGUGAUUUAUUGUAUUUCUUAACAGUUGAAGAUAAAGAUACUGUAUCAAGUUUAGAAAAUAACCAAAGAUUUUUAUUUACUAUUUAUGAAGAUAGUUUAUUUGAAAUAGAUCCUUUAAAUGGUAUUAUAGCUUUUGGAAGAGACUUAACAUCUGAAGAAUUGGAGAAAAAAACUUUAAUAAAAAAAUUAAAUAUUUCUGUUACUGAUGGUCUUUUUACAGAUUAUUGUGUAUUAACAAUAAUUUUCAAAGAUCUUCAUAAAGAAAAUAAUGGUUUUUCUUUUGAAUAUCCUACCUAUUAUGGAUCAUUAAAUGAAAAUAAUGCUUUGAAUACUUUUAUCAUACAAAUAUCAGCUAUAAAUGGAGUAUCACCUUAUACUUAUGAAAUUGUCAAUAUAAAUUCAUCCAUCUUUAAUUUACCUUUUUCUAUUGAUAAAGAUAAUGGAAGGAUAACAUUAGGAGAUAGAUUAGAUUAUGAAAUUAAAAAUAAUUAUCUUAUUCCAAUUAAAGCAACUGAUAAAACAGGAUCAAUUACCUAUACUCAAUUGAAUUUUACUGUUUUAGAUUCUAAUGACAAUUCACCUAAAUUUAUUUAUAACACUAAAAAUGAACUUAAAGUUUCUAUUAAUAAUAAUAUGGAAAUUGGUGAUUAUAUAACAUCAAUCUUAGCUACUGAUGAUGACUUUAAGGAUGUCUUGGAAUAUUCAAUUAAUAAAGAUUAUAAAGAAGGAGAGUAUUUUGAUAUUCAUUCAAGGCAAGGUUUAAUAUCUCUUGCUAAAUCUGUUAAUCAAUUAGUUAAUAAAAAACUUAGAUGUCAAGUUAAAGUUUCAGACACAGCAAAUCCACCUCACAUAACAUCAAUGACCAUUAUUAUUGAAGUCCUUCCCUCAAAUAUUAUUAUUCCUCAUUUCUCUAUGUUGAAAUAUUCUUUUAUUCUUUUUAAUAAUGCUCCUAUUGGUAGUGUUGUUGGAAUUGUUGAGGAAAAAAAUAAUUCUGGAGAAAUUGACAAUGAUAAAAAUAAGAAAGUAAAUUAUUUUAUAUCUAAUGAAAGAGAUAAUAUCCCUUUUUCUAUUGAUAAACAUAGUGGAAAAAUCAUUGUUAAAAAAGGAUUAAAUUUAAUCACUGAUAAAGAAAUAUCUUUUCCUGUUUUUAUUUCAAGUGGAAGUAGCGAUGGUAACAAUGGUAUUUCUAUGGCCACAGUAACCAUUCAAAUGGGUUAUCAAUUAGAGGGAUCUCCUCAAUUUUUCACCACUGAUAACAAAUACAAUGUUAUGGAAAAUUUACCUAUAGGUACUGUUAUUGGAAUUGUUUCAGCUAUUAAUGGAGAUUUUUAUGAACUUGAAUGUAGUGAUCGUUUAAUAAGUUUAUGCCCAUUUGGAAUUGAUAAAAAUAUUGGUAAAAUUUUUGUUAGUGGUAUCAUAGAUAGAGAAAUAAAUGAUAAAUAUAAAUUAAAUAUCAUCUCCAUAAAUAGUAAUGGUUUAAAGGGAGAAAAAGAAGUUAUGAUAUUUAUAGAAGAUGAAAAUGAUACACCAUUAGAAUUUGUUGAAACACCCAGAGAGAUAAAUGUAGAUUUAAAUAAAUUAACAAAAGAAACAAUUAUAUUUACUUUUUCAAUUAUUGAUAAAGAUGAAAAAAAUGAUAUUUUUGCUAGGAUAACAGAAGGUAAUGCAAAAGAAAUAUAUCAAAUAAAAAGUAUAAAAAAUGAAACUAAUGGACAUAAUAUUUAUACUUUUGGUGUUAUUUUUAAUGGAAAAUCAAAUAACUUAUUAAAUGUUAAUGAAGAAUAUAUAUCAAUUGUUGUUUCUGAUGGAAUACAUUUUGUUGAAAAAAAUUUCCUUGUUAUUUAUCAAAAUUCAUUUUUAACAAAAUACCAAACUGACAAUAAAGAUAUAUAUUUAAGUGUAAAAGAAAAUCUUUCUAUUGGGACUGUUUUAUCAAUGUUAAAAAUAACAUCAAGAUUAUCAAUAAUCAAUAAUGAAAUUGAUAAACAUAAUUUUCCUUUUGUUAUUAAUCAAAAAAAUGAAUUAGUUUUGUCAAAAAUUUUAAAUUGGAAUGAAAAAAGUUAUUAUAAUUUUUCAAUUAAAGAAGAGGUUAAAUUUAUUGAUACUUAUUAUAUUCAUAAUAUUAUGAAUUAUAAUAUAAAAAUUGUGGAUAUUAAUGAUCAUACUCCUAAAUUUAUUCCUAAUGAUAUUGUCAAGUUGAAUGUUAAAGAAAAUAUUCCAGCUAAUAAAACAAAUCCAUACUUUUUGUAUAAAUAUUUUGCUGAAGACAAUGACUCAUUUGAGAAUGCCAAUGUUUCUUAUAGUAUUAUUAAUAAUGAAGAGGAAUAUUUUGAAAUGAAUCCUAUAUCUGGAAUUUUAUCAUUGAUUAAACCUUUAGACAAAGAAACUAUUGAUGAUAUUAAGUUAACUAUUAAAGCAGAAGAUAAUGGUGGAAGAUUCUCUGAAAUUGAUACUAUAUUAUUUAUUGAAAAUGUUAAUGAUAAUUCUCCUAUCUUUGAUGAAAAAAUUUAUGUUGUAGAAAUUAUUGAAAAUAUUUUACCAGUAGAAUAUAUUGUUAAGGUACAUGCUACAGAUAAAGAUUCUGGUGAUAUUUUGACAUACAAACUUUAUGAAAACAAUGAUUAUAUAUCAAGUCUUGUAAAAAUAGAUGAAAAAACUGGUGAAAUAUUUCUUCUUCAAGCAUUGGAUUAUGAAAAAGGAAAAGAAAUUAUUUUUAAAGUUAAAGUAUCAGAUAAUUAUGAUAUUCCUGAAACUGAUAUAGCAACUGUUAAAAUAAUAGUUCUCGAUGAUAAUGAUAACCCCCCAAAAUUUGUACAAUCAAUUUUUGAAGUUAAAGUUAAAGAACAUACUCCAUUAGGGACAAAGAUUAUUUCCCUUAAAGCUAUUGAUAAAGAUACUGGUCAUUAUGGAGGCAUUCUUUAUUCCUUGACUGGUGAUGAUAGCAAGUUAUUUAAAAUUAAUGAAGAAGGAGAUCUUAUAGUUGAGGGAGACUUAGACUAUGAAGUUUUAAAGACUCUUUCAUUUGAGGUUAAUGCUAGAGAUGGUGGUGAGCCACCAUUAACUGAUAAAGCCACUAUUAAAAUAAAUAUUGAAAACAUUAAUGAUCACGCACCAAAGUUUGACAAUUGUAAUUUAACAGCCAUCAUUCAAGAUGGUAUUAUGAAAGGCCAUCCAUUGUUAACUGUUUUCUUGACUGAUGAAGAUAAUCAUAAUUCGAAUGAUGAAGAAAACCAAUUUCGUUUAUCUAUUUCUGGAGAUGGUAGUGAUGAUUUUUAUUUUGACAAUAAAAUGACACUAAAAACUAAAAAAGACUUUACACAUAAUAAAAAAGAUAAGUAUAAUUUAGAAGUUACUGCUUAUGAUAGUGGAAAUUUAUCAACAACAUGCCCUUUAACAAUAUACUACAAACAACAAUCUAAACAUCCACCUUUUGUAAAUUCAUUUCAUAGAUUUACUGUUACUUCAAUUAUGGGUGAAUUUCUUGGAAAAAAUAUAGGUAAAAUUAUGGCAACAGAUGAUGAUGUAAAUGAUAUUCUUAUAUAUUCAAUUCCAACACACUCUUAUGAAGGAUAUAAUACAAUUCCAUUUAAAAUUGAUAGUCAAACAGGAGAGAUAUCAGCUAAUCCAGAUAUUUUAGAAGGUACAUAUAAAUUUCCUGUAACAGUUACUGAUGGAAAAUAUAUUGUUACAACAAUUGUUACAGUUGAUGUUCAAAGUAUUAAUGAAAAUGAUUUGAUGCAUUCUUUAAGUAUUAGACUUAAUGAUGUUGAUGCUGAAGUUUUUGUUAAAGAUAUUUUAAAUGAUUUUACCAAUAGAAUUGCUGAAGUAUUUAAAAUUGAUAGUAAUAAUGUUAAAAUAUUAUCAAUUCAAUCAUCAGAACAAAAUAAUAAUAGAAGUAAAAGGAGUAAUAAUGAUAUUGAUGUAUUGAUAUCAAUUUAUGCAACAAAAAUAAAAGAUUAUUUAAGACCUGAAUUUGUUAUGAAACGCCUUGAAUAUAUGGUUUCAAGUCAAAAAGAAACUUUACCAUUUUCUAUAUCAUCUAUGAAUCAUGAUGUUUGUUCAGAAUCUAUAUGUCAUGAAGGAACUUGUAAUGUUAAAAUAUGGCUUGAUUCAUCAAAUUAUAAUAUUAUAUCUGGAAAUGGAACUAUUUUUACAUCACCAUCACAUUUAAGAACAUUUACCUGUACCUGUAAAGAAGGUUUUGGUGGUAGAGUUUGUGAUAUUCCAAUUAAUAAAUGUAGUUAUAAAAAAUGUACAAGAAAUGAAAUGUGUAUACCAAUAUUUAAUACUUUUAAUCAAAGUGAUUUUAUAUGUUCCUGUCCACCAGGUUUAGAAGGUGUUAAUUGUAAUGAAAAGAAAAUUUGUAAAACUGAUGAGAAAUGUUCUGAGUAUAAUGCUAUUAGUAUAAAUGGUGGAGGAUUUUUUCAAAUGAUGAUAGGAAAAUCUACAGAACAAAGACUUAACUUGGUAUUUGAAUUUAGAACUAUUUCUAUAAAUGGUACCCUAUUUUAUGGUUCUGGUUUGACUGAUUAUAAUUAUUUAAAAAUUGAAAAUGGUAAUUUAAAAUAUAUUUGGAAUUGUGGAACUGGUGAGGGCAUAAUAAAAAUAACAAAAAAAACAGUUUCAGAUGGUAAAUGGCAUAAAGUUAUGAUUUAUAGAGUUGGUAGGCAAGCAACAAUAAAACUUGAUGAUGAAUUUUCAUCACAAGGUGUCAGUGGUAUUGGUAGUGAUGUUAUAAAUUUAUAUGAUCAGGCUAAUAUUCUUACAUUUGGUGGUGAGAUAAAUAAUAAUGACAAUUUAACGACAAUUUUUGAUUUAAUUGAUAAUAAUAAAAGAAAUGUAAGAUCAUUACUAAAUCCAUCUAUUUCAAAUUCAAUAUCUGGUUGUAUAGGAAAAGUUUUAUUAGAUGAUUAUGAAUUACCUAAAACAAUAGAAGGUUUAAAAGUUUAUAAUAUUAAAAUGGGUUGUGAACCAACAUCACUUGGACCAUGUUUAGAAGCUAACUGUUUAAAUGGUGGUCUUUGUCAAUCAAUUUAUAAUAGAAAUACUGGUAAAGAUUAUACAUGUUCAUGUCCAACUAGAUAUUCAGGUAAUGAAUGUGAAUUAGAUCUUAAUAUGUGUUAUGAUAAUCCAUGUCCACCUGGUGUCAAAUGUCAUAGUUUAAUUAAUGAUUUCUUUUGUAAUUGUCCUAUUGGUUUUACUGGAAAGACAUGUCAAAUAAGAGGAAAUUGGGAUCCAUGUACUUCUAAUCCUUGUGGUAAAUAUGGAACAUGUUUAGCAUUCCAAAGUUCAUUUAUAUGUAAUUGUACUAAUGGUUAUAGUGGUAAAUUUUGUACUAUACCAUUUUCAAGAAUUCAACCAGAUACUUGGAAUACUAUAUCAAUUAUUGAUACAAUCUUUGGAAUGGCAUUAUUAGCUGUUAUAAUUUGUUCAUCUAUUUUUACUUUAUAUAUGUGUAAAAAAAAUAAGAAAAUAAAGAAGUCUGUUGUUUAUAAUGAAUUACCUAAUAAUGGUAAUGAAACAUCACAAUUAUCUUCACAAUUAUUAAGUAAAGGAGUUAUUUCAACAGAUAAUCAAAGAAUAACAAUUGAUUUUAAUCAACCAUUAAAUGGUAAUAAAGGAUUUUUAAGUGGACGAAGUUCAGUAAUUCAACCACCUCAAUCAUCACCAAUGAAUCCACCACCACCAUUACCACCAAGAAGUUUUAGAAAUAAAUUUAAUAGUGGUACAUAUCAAAAUGAUAUUCCAACAAUGUCUGUUAAACCAAUACAAGCUAUUCAUGAUAGUGGUAUUGAUAAUGAUAUUAGUUCACAUGCCAGUUCCAGACAUUCAAGAGAUCUUUUAUCUUCACCUGUUUUUAAUAAAUCAAGACUUCUCCUUUCACCAUUAAUUUCAAAUGCUGGUAGUAUACAAUGUUUAGAUAAAAGUGGUAGAUCUGUUAAUAAAGAUAAACCAUCAAUUGAUUUACCAUUACUUCAUUCAAUGGGAAAUACAAUAUUUCAAGAAAAUUAUGUUACAUAUGAUGGUAAUGGUAAAAUUGAUAAAGAUUGUAGUGAUUACAUGACAAUAAAACCAAAGAAAAAAAAUAGAAAUGAUAGAUCAGAUUUGUAUGAUAAUGAAGAGGUAGAACCAUUAACUGAUGAUAAUUUACCACCACCAUUACCACCUCACAGAAGUUUAGAUAGAGAAUCAUUGAAAAAAAGAAAUAAGGAGGAUGAAAAUAAUUCAGAUGUUGUACUUUAUGACAAUCCAAACAACGAUGAAUAA